AUGGUGCGCCAAGACUUCUUCAAACACGAAAGAUUGAGCAGCAAACCAAGUGCGUUUCGCACUGCUACCCUCUUCCCAGAGAAAGAAGGCGAUAGUACAAUUCGAUGUGAGGUCACAGAGGCGCUGCUCGACAAAAACGACGAAGACAACAAAGACCCAAAAACACACAAAAUCACCUUGAAUGACAAGCCAUUUGAAAUCGUUGAAAGUGCCUAUUGCUUGCUCGAACGCCUCCGCGAAUUUUUCAAGUGUCCCGUGAACAUAUGGGUUGAUCUACUCUGUAUCGACCAGGGUUGGGACGAAGAGGGUGAGAAUGAGGAGGACAAAAAAGAGAGAGAGAGACGGAUCAAAGAAGAGAAAUGGAGGCAGGUCAGUUUGAUGGGAAGGAUUUACGCACAAAGUCAAAAGGGAGUGAUCUGGCUAGGGAACUCUGGAGGUGAUUUCGCCAACACAGCAAUUACCCUCUUGAGGGAGUUCAACAACGACCAGCACAUGGGGCUGGGGCAUCAUUUCUCCCAGACUGGGGAACAAUUCCGAGUUAAACCUGAGUCCGAGCCGAAGUUCACGCGCUUAGAAGACUGGUCAAUGCUUCUUGGUGGGGACGAAUCUGGGUCAUUCAGGAAUAUGUUUCUGGAAAAGGUGAAUGAUGCAUUGAUCACGGAGAGGUCCAAAAAUCAGGAGAUUCGAAAUCUUCUAUGGGGAGAAGGCUUUGAUCCACUCAUGAAGUUUGAAGAAGUCGUGACGCCCAUGAUCAUAACCCGACAGGCAUAUCACGGAGGGAAGGAAAGCAGACAGAUACUGACUCUGCCCCUACUACGGCAACGGUUUGCUGCUUCCGACGCAUCAAGGAAGCAGGAUCUCUUCUAUGGACUCCUGGGUAUGGCUCACUGGGAAAAGGAACCCCCUCUCAAACCAAAUUAUAAGAUUCCUGCAAUGCAAGCUAUCAGAGAGGCCGUUGUGUGCUGCAUCAAGGAGAGUGGUGAUUUCAGUUUUCUCUUUGGUAUGAGAAGGAGAAAUAACUUCAUGAGCGGCGAUCCAUCGUGGCUGCCUGAUUACCAUGUCCAGGCAACACCCUCCAGACUCGCAUGGGGCGAAGGACAGCGCUUCAAAAUCAUCAAAUCCCUUGGUGAUCAGUCGAGGAAAGGAUGCCCGCCGAGUCCUGAAUCGCGCUUGCUAGGUCAUGGAACACUUAUUUUAGUUGCAGUCAAGGUUGACACGAUUAGCGAGGCUUGGGCGGUAUGCGACCUCCUUUACGAGCAGUCAAAGGCUCCGGGCGUUCUCCUUGAUUGGAUCAGUAAGACGGUGGGGUUGCUUCAUCAAUGGCCGACUGACGUCACAAAACUCGGCGGUGAAAUCGGUGACAAGGUCUGGAGAGCACUCAUAAACAAUUGUAUACCUUGUGGUGAUGGGUAUCGACCGCCCACUCAGCAAGAUUAUGAUGAUAUCAUAAAACUGAGCGGAAACAUCUCCGAGUUGAGCAACGACCUGAAAGACGCCGCUUUGAAACAUACCCCGGGCCUCGCAUAUCAUUUCAUUGUCUGUCUGUGGAGAAGGAGAAUGAUCAAGACUGAAAAAGGAUGGAUCGGCCUGGCUCCCGAAGAUGCUACAAAAGGUGAUGGGAUUUGGGUUCCCCGUGGGUCAUCGAUUCCUUUUAUCUUUCGGCCUUGUUGUGAACAAACAGCAUACUCGGUCAUUGGUAGCCCUUUUCUUCAAGACCUGCAGAUUUAUGGCUAUACGAAUGAGGGAUUCAGGAAAGUUCGGCUACACUGA